CACACACACACACACGUAUCCGUUCAGGCAGCACAGCCGUCGAAUCGAAACGACAUGCUAUGCUGCCACGACGAUCGCAUUCGAUUCAUCCUCGAGUCGAGUCCAUCUCGCACGCCGUCACUCACUCACCACACGUCCGAUACCCCUCCACCCUUCUCGCAUCCAACGCAACCGGCAGACUGCUCCGCCUGUCCAAAUGACCACCCGUACCCACCCUAGCGUACGGCAAUGACACGGGGGGCAUGGAGGACGACCGCCUCCAUGCAUACUGCCAGUCGUCCACCAUCUUGUCAAGGUUAGAGAAUCGCCGGCCCAGCCGUGGCACCCUAAACCGUUUGUCCAGCCUCACGUCGACAUAGGUCUCCUCUAGAGCUUGGAGCCGCGUCUCGAAGGGGAGACACAGCACAAGGAGGGCAUCGACGAGCAGACAGACGGCCAUGAGCAAAAAGUAGGCCGAGAAUUUGCCUCCUGGGUGCUUUUGCACCACUGGGUGGUCCUCCACCGCGGCAACGAGCCACUCGAACAGCAGAGGGGAGAUAAUGCCCCCGAUGCGGCCGAAGGAGAUGGCCAGUCCGACGCCGGAUGCUCUGCAUGAGGUGGGGUAGAGUUCUGCAGUGUAGAAGUAGGUGAAGUUGAAUGCGCAGCGGCCGGCAAACUUGGCGGCGACCACUGCAAAGGUGGCGCCUGCGUGUCUGAAGAAGAGAAAGAGGGCGAAGAGGAGCAGAGCGGCCGACGUGACCAGGAGGCUGCAGAACUGGGAAAGAAUCCUGGGCAUCACAUCCGCAUACUGAAAUGAGAAGGCAAGAGGGCAAAUGUGUGACGGGAGGAAACGAAGGGCAGGAAGGAUUGAUCGACCAAAACGAGGAUGGCGUUGAGGCUGCUGACCGCCUCCCCAAUGAGCAGCUGCCAGCCCUCGGCAACAUUGCUUGCCUUCUCCAUCUCUGGCAGACCUGCAUCCAUCGGGCAGACACACUCGUGAGAUACAUGUCAUGAGUGCAUCGAUCAUCGUGUGUGUGCUUGUGAUUGCCGUCGCACACACAUUGAGGGAGUGAGUAGGUCAGGCCGUACAUGCAGAGGUUGCAUGCUAGCGUCGAGUAGCAGAGACUGCAUACACACACACACAUAGCAAGCGCAGCCCCUACUCAUGGUGCGCGUCGAUCGAUCGGCUUGUGUCAACCCUUCUGUGCUCAUCACUCACAUGGCUGUGGUGAAGCUGUAUUUCCUCGAGAAUAUGACCAUGUAUGCCGUGGGCCCUCCCCUGGUGUCCUCCUCGGGUGCGGCCCACUCGGCCCUCUCAUCCUCCAGUGCAGAUAUCCUCUUCCCGUUCUGCCUCGCCAUCUUCAGCAGUAUCCUCCUCGCCCUGUCCGUCUGCCCGUGCAGGAAUGCCCACCGAGGGCUCUCAGGAAGCAGCAUGGCGGCCGGUAGCAGCGUGACCAGGGGAGGGAUUGUCGCCAGCAGGAGCAGGCGCCUCCACUCGAUAUGCAUAUGUGGGUCGAGCAAGAUGACGCAGACACACACGUAGACUCCCCCGAACACCGAGAAGAGCGCACCCGCGGCCUGGAGUGGGGCUCUCGCUGCAAUCGGCGACAGCUCGCUGGCAAGACUCAGCCAGGAGGGGAUGCCCCAACCCAUGCUAAACCCAACAAAUGCGCGCGUCCCCAGCAUAUGCCAGUAGUUUGGUGCGAACAUCGAUGCGCCGUUGCCCACGAUGAUCCCUCCAAGCGCCAGGUUUGGAGACUUCCUGCCGUAUCGGUCAGCCAGAGCACCGACAGAAAUGCCGCCGGCCGCGAACCCGAGCAGCGUCGCGCUCAUCAGCAUCCCCCGGCCGACGGGGGAGUACCUGUCGGGAAGUAAGCAGCACACGCCACCAUCGAGGAACUAAUUGUCGCCGUGCUUCUUGCGUGCGCCAGUCGAUACGCAAAGAGACACAGCCACUUGCAUCGGCAUACCAGGCGGACCCGAGAGUGCUGUUGAUGACAGACAGGGCCAGCACUUCAGCGCCGUAGCAGAAGAAGAGAAUGCCACACAACAGGGCGACGUGCAGCUGUGCCGGGCCGGUGCCGAUGGCCUGAUAUGUUUUGAAGCGAAUAAACAGUGCAAAAAGAGCAUGCAGCGCCUUGCACUCCUUUGUCUGCGUGCAGCGUCUUCACUGUACCUCCAAGAAAAAGUUGACGUCCUUCUGCGCUUCCUCACUCAUGGGGACUGCAUGCUAUGCUGGCCCGCACUCCUCUCCGCGUGGGGCUCCGCUGUUUCCG